GCGCUGGGGUCGGGCUGCGCCUGCGUAGUGGGGAGGCCCCACAAGUGCGCUGCAGCGCUCGCAGCGGCGGGGGGCGAUCCGAGCUCGAGCCGCAGCCGCUGCCGUUGCCGAGUUCAGAGGGACCGGAGCCGGGAGACUUCGCCCUGGGUGCCGAGAUGUCGUCCACUGCCGCUUUGUAUCUUCUGUCUACUCUCGGAGGCUACUUGGUGACCUCAUUCUUGUUGCUUAAAUACCCGACCUUGCUGCACCAGAGGAAGAAGCAGCGAUUCCUCAGUAAACACAUCUCUCACCGUGGAGGUGCUGGAGAAAAUUUGGAAAACACAAUGGCAGCCUUUCAUCAUGCAGUUAAAAUUGGCACGGACAUGCUAGAACUGGACUGCCAUAUUACAAAAGAUGAACAAGUUGUAGUGUCACAUGAUGAGAAUCUUAAGAGAUCAACUGGGGUCAAUGUGAACAUCUCUGAUCUCAAGUACCAUGAGCUCCCACCUUACUUCAGCAAACUGGAUGUCCCAUUUCAAAGAGCAUGCCAGUGUGAAGGCAAAGAUAACCGAAUCCCAUUGCUGAAGGAGGUGUUUGAAGCCUUUCCUAACACUCCCAUUAACAUCGACAUCAAAGUCAACAACAGUGUGCUGAUUAAGAAGGUUUCAGAGUUGGUGAAGCAAUAUAAACGAGAACAUUUAACAGUGUGGGGUAAUGCCAGUUAUGAAAUUGUAGAGAAGUGCUACAAAGAGAAUUCCGACAUCCCUAUCCUCUUCAGUCUGCAGCGUGUUCUGCUCAUUCUUGGCCUUUUCUUCACGGGCCUCUUACCUUUCGUGCCCAUCCGGGAACAAUUUUUUGAAAUCCCAAUGCCUUCUAUCACCCUGAAGCUAAAAGAACCACAUACCAUGUCCAGAAGUCAAAAGUUUCUCAUCUGGCUUUCUGAUGCCUUACUAAUGAGGAAAGCUUUGUUUGACCACCUCACUGCUCGGGGCAUUCAAGUUUAUGUUUGGGUAUUAAAUGAAGAACACGAGUACAAAAGAGCUUUUGAUUUAGGAGCGACUGGAGUGAUGACAGACUAUCCAACAAAGCUCAAGGACUUCUUACAUUCUUUUUCAACAUAGAGAAAGAACUCGGAAGCACUCGAAGAAAACACAAAAAGACCCAAGAAAAAAUAUUUCACCAACAUUUCCCUAAGACAUUUCCAGAAUGGGUAAAAGGUUUUAAUCAGUUAAGUUUUUAUUACCUCAUUUUUAAGUCUGUACAAGAAUGUAGAAACUAUAUAUUGUAUAUUUAUUUUAAGUAAUAUUGCACAUUUUGCAUUUGUGAAUUGUUUAGAAAGAUAACUGAUUAUGAGAUGCUAAGUAAGUAGAAGAUUAUUGAUCAAGAUUUGCAUAUAUAAUGCAAUAUUCUACUACUCUAAGUAAUUCUGAAAUCAAAGACUAUUAGAUAAAUUUGGCAUUAGCCUGCACUGGAAUCAGAUCAGCUACUUUAGUAAAAGAAAAUUGUUAAAGACCAUUGUAAUGAUUCUGCACUGUCUUAUUAUUUCUAGGUAUAUCUUAGUUAAAGGGGAAAAAUACAAUGGAAGAAAAAGCUUGGAAAGCAGAUGUAGUUAUCUAGCAAAAAUCCAUACAUUGUUAACAGGAGGCAGGCUCAAAAUAACUGCAAGUAUAUUACUUAAUUACAAAUAAAAUCUGUAGACGGAAUGA